UGAGGCUGAUGCUGGGUAGUGUGUCUUACUGUAGCAUGACAGAGGUCUCAUCAGACCUGCCAGAAACACAAGACUAGAUUGUCACAGUGUGAGUUAAAGGCUAAGGUAAAGGACUUCAGCUCAGCACGACAUCGAGACGUUUUUCUUCCAAGAUGGUGUUUUGUCCCGUCAGCCAGAUAGCAAAUAUCAGCAUUUAUCACUCAUCAAACCAAACAGCCAAGAUGAGUUAUUUGAGCGUGUUCACCAUAUCCCUCCAUGGCUUGUUCUCUUCCAUUGGAAUCAUAGAAAACCUCCUGAUCCUCGGGGUAGUGGGCUUCCAUGUCCAGCGCUCUGUCAUCAGCAUCUGGGUCAUGAACCUUGCAGCCUCUGACCUGCUGGCCACUGCAUCCCUGCCCUUCUUCACCUUCUUCAUGGCCCGCGGCCACACCUGGACGUUGGGCACAACCUUCUGCCGCAUUCAUUCCUCCAUCUUCUUCCUCAACAUGUUUGUCAGUGGCUUCCUGCUGGCGGCCAUUUCUUUGGACCGCUGCCUGGUGGUGUUGAGACCUGUUUGGGCGCAGAACUACAGGAACGUCCGACUAGUCGGGAGGGUAUGUGGGAUAAUUUGGGCCAUGGCUGUGGUCUUCACUAUCCCCUUCUACAUAUUCCGUGAUACCAUUUCCCUACCUAACGGCAAGAUCCAGUGUUACUACAAUUAUGCCAAACUCCUCCCUGCUGAACCCUUUGACCUGGGAUCUUUAUGUAAGCAGCGGAAGGAGGCCUUGGCCUUCUUCAAGCUCUUCAUAUCCUUCCUGCUCCCUCUAAUGUUCAUCACCCUCAGCUAUGCUGCCGUGAAUAGGCGCUUGGCGCGCAGAGGCUGCCGACGCCCUUUCCGUUUCGUUCGGCUCGUAGUGGCCGUUGUGGUGAGCUUUAUACUCUGCUGGGCUCCGUACCACAUCUUCAUCAUCAUGGAAGUGAUGGCUCCCAGUGGGCAUCCUUUGCAGAAAUUUGCAGGCAGGGCCCUCCCAAUCGCAGCAACCAUCGGCUUCUUCAACAGUGUCCUUAACCCCAUUCUGUAUGUGUUCAGCUGCCCUGACCUGUGCAGGAAGAUUAAACAUUCUCUGGGUGCGGUGAUGGAGGGUGUUCUGGCUGAGGAUCUGGCAGAACUAAACCGACGCCGCAGCACCGCUCGCUCUCUCAGCACCACCGAGAUUGAGUUGAAGCAGAGGAAUUCUAUUACAACCCUGUGUCUGAAAGGAGAGGAUGUGUAGUAAAAUGAAAAUCCUGCUAACCCUGCUUAGAACUGAAUGAAAACACACCGGAAAUGUUCUAAUAGUGACAAGGCUUUUAUUUACUUC